UAGAUUUUAGAAAGAAAUAUGUAUUACAAUUUUUUAAUAUCUAUUCGAUUUAAUUUUCAUUCUUCACACAACAUAUUGAACAUUCUUGAGAAUAAUAUGCAGAAUAAAUAGAAAUUUUCAUUGAUUUAGAAUAUUCUUUAUUUUUUUCAAUUGAAUAAAAUAUCGUAUAUACUCUAGAUCGUGAUAGUUUAUCUGCUUUGCAUGUUAGUUUUAAUCAAGACUUCUAUUAAUUAGUUUUUUUUUGUUAAAAAAAGAAAUUAUCAAGAAGAUUAUUUUCUAUAUAUAGUUAUUAAUAUUUCCGGAAGGCACAAAUUUAACAAACGAAACAAAAAUAAGAAGUAAUAAUUAUGCAUUAAAACAAACAACUUAUAAUAAACCAUAUGAUUAUUGUCUUCAUCCACGUGUUACAGGAUUUACAUAUUUACUUAAUACAAUGCGAUCAAACGAUAUGAUUGAUACUGUAGAUGAUGUAACAAUUGGUUAUGAAGGCAAAUUUCCAAUAACAGAAAUUGAUUUAUUAAAAGGUUAUUUUCCAAAAGUAGUUCAUUUUCAUAUUAAACGUUAUAAUAUAAAUGAUUUACCACAAGAAGAUGAAAAAAUUGCUCAAUGGUUACAAAAAUGUUGGGAUGACAAAGAAAAUCAAUUAAAAGAGUUUUAUAUUAAAAAUCAAUUCGAUACACCAUCGAAAAGAUUUAAUAAUGAACAAGUUGAAUCUAAUGUCAGAUUUCGACGUCGUUUAGCAUUGUUUUUAUGGAUUAUAUUUAUUUUAUUUUGGUCAUAUUGUCUCAUUGCUUUCAUCAAAAUAAAACUAUAUGUUAUAUUAGUUUGUAUAUUCCAUUUGGUGUUGGAAGUAUAUGCUAAUGGUGUUAUUGACUUUGUUUGUCAAUUGGAUGCAAAUUAUCGACAAAAACAGUCAGCUAUCAAACAAGACUAA